GAUUUGACAGAAGUGCGUAAGAACAUGAAGCCUUGAAAUCAUUUAUUUGCAUCAUAAAUCGACCUUCCUCGGAUUGCAUGAUCAAUAUAUCACCAAAUUGCUACAGUCAACGUCAACCUUUUGGGGCCCACAGAAAUUUCCAUGCAAUUUCUUGCACAAUUUAUUGUACGUAAUCAUAAUCACUCUCACCCCGUCACCCGCCCUACUCAGCAAUUUCACUGCAAAUUCCAAUCCAGCAAAGCUUCCAACUUUUCACUAUACUAUAAAUACUGCACUACCAAUCCCUUCAUGAACGCAUACGAUAAUACGUAUACGUACAUUAACACAAGCGUACGUACUUCCUGUAAUAAAAUUACACCAUGGAAGAAGCUGUCCAAUGUUUUUGCACGUUUUCUCCCAAGAAGCUCAGCAAGCUGAAGCCGAAGUCAAAGCCCAAGCCCAAGCACGGCUCGCCAAGAACCCCUAAAUCACCCUUAAACGUUACUCCACCGCCGAGACAGAAGGAGCUGCGGGAAGUGUUCCGCCGCUUCGACUCCGACUGCGACGGGAAGAUCUCUGCCGUCGAGCUCAGAUCCUACUUCGCGUCGAUCGGCGAGUACAUGUCGUACGAGGACGCGCAGGCGAUCAUUAGCUAUCUCGACUCGGACAAUGACGGGUUGCUAGAUUUUGAGGACUUCUUGCGGCUGAUGGAGGAUAACGAGGGCGGCCGACAGGGGGAGGAGGAUUUGAGGGCGGCGUUUGGGAUAUUCGAAAUGGAGAAGGGGUCGGGUCGGAUCACGGCGAAGAGCCUGCAGCGGGUUCUCGGGCGGUUGGGGGAUCAGAAGUCGUACGAUGAGUGUGUGUCUAUGAUUCGGGUGUUUGAUUCGGAUGGUAAGGGGGAACUUGGGUAUCAUGAGUUUCAACAAAUGAUGGCAGCCUGAAAUUAAAAUUUUCAAGAUUAUUAUUUGCUAUGUUUGGAAAAGAAAAUUGUAUGCGCGCGCCUGUAUAUUCAUAAUUGAUUUCGGAGCUUUAAUUAUUGAGUAAUGUUUGAAAUGAAUUUGAGUAUAUAUAGACGGAUUAGAGUUAUGUAUGA